UCCCCGAGGGAAGUUCCCAACUCAAACUGGGGCUAUGUAAAACAUACAGCGCCAUAUCCUCUCCAGCGCUUCGUAACUUUGCAUCUGAAGAUUAGGGCGACGAUGCUGCGGUGGUGUCAAAACAACAAAUACGACUUAAAUAAUAGGGGACUCAAGUGAAGGGCUCAUGCCUGCCGUGACAGUGAUGACAAGGCAUGGACAGGAAUAUUGGAGACCAGCUAAACAAAGCUUUUGAAGCUUAUCGCCAGGUCUCCAUCGAAAAGGACAAUGCUCAAAAGGAGUUGCAAAAAAUGAAGGAACAUUAUGAGCAGUACACUCAAGAACUUAAAAAGCAGAUAGAAGACCAGCAACGUUUGAUUUCUGAUCUUGAAACUGAGUUGUCAGCAACAAGGCAACCCUCAGGAGAGAUGAAAUGUGAGCCUCGCAACCAUCUUCUCAAAGCGGCUGCCUCUAGUAGGAAGACACAGUACCGGGGGAAUGUGGCCACUGUUGCUGGUGCUUCAAAUUUGACAGUCAACAGCAGCUCUGAUUAUCAGGACAUGUUGGCGGCAUUUGAAGCAAUUCAGGGCAAAUUCCGACAGAUCCAGACCCUGACUUCAAAACAGAAACAUCAUCUGAAAAGAUUCCAUGGAAGUUACGACAACUCAAACGACCAGCGCUUCUCCAUGCCCAUCCAGUGCACGGAUGGAACCGUAGAAGAUGAGAGGCCCUUUCCUACACCUCUGAGGUUAACUGCGGACCUCCCUCACCUGUCUGCACCCUUGGCAUCUCGUGGCACUAGUCAGGAGGACAGAGACUUGGUAGACUCUCUCACCAAACUCAGUGUCAAAUUCCCGCCCCCCACGGACAGUGAAUAUGACUUCCUGAAUAGUGCUCCUGAGAGGAACAUUGGCCUGCCGGUGGCUCGAAAGCCGCCCCUCGGCUCCCCCACGCUGCCAGAGGAGGAGCCCGUGGAACUGCCUUUGCCUUUUGUCCAUUCCACGUCCCCCUCCCACUCGUCAUCCUCCUCGCCCUCCCAUGAGAGCGUGCGGGGACCCGAGCAGCCCCUGUGGAGCCCCGAGCUGUGUGACGCCGUUGACAGGGGAGCCAACCAGGAGCCUCCGAGCAGCUGUCCCGUUGAAUGCGCAUUCUGUCCCGAUUUAGUUCCCCAGAACCUCAUGACAAGCCAUCUUUACUUGCACUUCUUGCCAAAGAAGGAAGCAGAGAAUUGACAGCAGACUGACAGGCAAAGGUCCGAACUUACUUCAAGAACUUUUGACUGUUUUUAUGGUCUUUGCAGGCGUGAAUCUGCUCGCCAUAAACUCCAAAGCGCUGUACAGGAAUUGAAAAUUACACUGCUAUAAGACUUGAAUUCAUUUAUUUAAUACUGAAGAAUUUAAUGGUACACGUUCUUGUCCAUACUGAUUUUCUAAAAUCACACUGAGAAUUUACAGUGAUGCAUAUGGUAUAUAUGAGGAAAUAAACAAUAUAUUUACUCUUG